AUCAUCAUCCUGAGUUCAUGGAGUGCCCUGUAAGGGUGAAAUUGAGGAGGCAAACGUUAACGCGGUCAAUCGAAUCUCCUAUGCCGAGGCAAUUAAAAUAUUUGAGAAAACAAGUGAUGCUAGUGAAGAUAUGGUGGUGGAUACACCACAGCCUGUAGUAAAUGUUUGCCGCCAGACAAAAAAUACCAUGCGUGUUAAAAAGUUGGAUUUUGUUGCGUUCAUUGCCACAGUUAUAAACUGUACAGCACAAAUCUCAAAGAGGUCGAAGAAACUGGACAUUAUUGUGGCUGUGGCAGAAACGUUUUUGAAAAUGAAGACCUACAAGGAGUACUGGCGUCGGAAAACCCGCACUCCCAGGUUCAACUGGAGCCUGUGUAUGGAUCAGAUCUGUUUUAUUUGUUUUUAACAUACAUUUUUAGUUGUUUUUGGAAGGUACGUUUUUUUGAGUGAAUCAUGUUUCUAUCCCGCAUAGUAGAUAGCGGGAUGUGUGAUCGUCAAUAUACCGUAGAAGAAAAAGUCUUAUUCUGAAGGAUUCCAAAAAUCCGUGAACCGGAAGUACUUAGUUAUUCUUGCAUGCGUCACGGCAGUAUGAGAUAACACUCCUAUCGUUUGUUUGCUUAUGGCCAUAACAUUAUAGAAGAAGAGUCACAAUAACAACACAGCUUACUUGCCUUCACAGCAAAGAAGUUCACUUUAUUGUAUUACUCAAUGCGUUGCAAGUGUAAGCUACAUGUGUUAUAAACAAUACGUCAAGAAACAAUAACGAAGCAGCAAGUAAGUGCUUGUUUGAGUUAGCAGCGAAACUCACGUGAAGGUUUGCCAGGACGGUUGUUCUUUUUCCCGAAGGAAGACGUGGGAUUUGAGGGGGGAAAUGGCCACCACAUCUUCUCUUCCAGAGGAGGACCUCACUUGUCCCGUAUGCCGAGACAUCUUCAGAGACCCAGUCAUCCUGUUGUGUAGCCACAGCUUCUGUAAAGACUGUAUACAUGGCUACUGGAGGGAGAGAGAAGUGAAGGAAUGUCCAGUUUGUAGGAAAAGAUCAAAACUCAGUGAUGCACCCCUCAACCGGGCUUUGAAGAACCUCUGUGAGGCCUACUCAAAGGAGAAAGCAUCUGCAGGUGUCCUCUGCAGUCUGCAUGGGGAGAAAUACAAACUUUUCUGUCGUGACCACGGACAACCUGCUUGCCUGGUGUGCCAGACUUCUGAGUUACACACAAACCACAAGUUCUGCCCCAUGGACGAAGCUGCCAAAGAAUAUAAGGAGUCUGUGCUGAAGCUCCUACAGAACAAACUGGAGGUCCUUGAGGCAGACAGUCGAAAUUGUGUUCAAACGGUAGAUACUAUCACGAGCCAGGCCCUGUCCACAGAGAGGAAAAUAAGGGAACAGUUUGAGGAGCUUCACCAGUUUCUACGGAAUGAAACGGUAGUCAGGAUAGCUGCCCUGAAGCAGGACGAAGACAACAAGAGUCAAAUGAUGAUGAGGAAGAUUGAGGAGAUGAACAGAGAGAUAUCGUCCCUUUCUGACACCAUCCAAACCCUAGAGGAAGAGCUAGGGGCUGAAAACAUUUCUUUGCUACAGGACUACGAGGUCAUCAAGAAAAGAGUUCAGUGCAUAUUGCCAGAUCCAGAGAGGGUUUCAGGGGCGCUGAUUGAUGUGGCCAGACACCUUGGCAACCUGCAGUUCAGAGUCUGGGAGAACAUGCAGGAAAUUGUUGAGUACACUCCUGUGAUUCUGGAUCCCAACACUGCUCACCCAGAUCUCAUCCUGUCUGGUAACCUGACCAGCUUCACAUGCAGACUCAGUGAUGACCAACAGCAGCUUCCUGACAACCCAGAGAGGUUUAAACACCGCUAUGCUGUCCUGGGCUCCGAGGGCUUCAGCUCGGGAACACACAGUUGGGACGUAGAGGUUGGGGACAGCAAAGAGUGGGCAGUAGGUGUAGCCAUAGAGUCUUGCGAUAGGAAGGAGACGUCUCGGUGGCAUAUUAGUGGAGUCUGGUAUGUACUCUCAAGAGAAGGGAGUGACUAUAUUGACCAAGUGUCACCGAAUGCAUGUUACUGUCUUGAACCCUUUAAAGUGAAACCCCAGAGGAUCCGAGUGCAGCUGGACUGGGACAAAGAAACACUGUCACUUUCUGAUCCUGUCAAUAACCAACGCAUUGGGUGUUUCUUCAAAAACACUCAAAUAUUUUCACUGAGUUUCACUGAGAGAAUUUUUCCGUUCCUCAGUGGGGACUAUGUCAGGGUUAUGCCAGUGAAGGCCUCUGUAACAGUAUAGCACAGUGAGAGCUGAUAAUUACACAAGUCGGGGUUCCUGUGAAAAUAAAACUACAGGCUAAAAGGCAAUGGACACAAACGAUUGCUGUGGGAACAUUGUUGACCAAUUUCAAAAUGCAUUAAUUGAAACGAAUCAGUUUGUUAAUUUUAAUGUGUCUUAAUAUCAGUAAACCCUUGUCUGAUAGACAUGAGAACUGCAGGUUUAGUUCUGUUUGCUGUUUUUCAGUGAUUGUGCCUGCUGCUGAAUCUCAUUCAACAUCGACUUAAUGGGACAGAUUUGGAAUAUAUCGGGGGGGGGGGGGGUUCCAUUUUGAAUGCCAGGUGUAUUGAACACAGAUAUCCUCGUUGGCCUUUUGAACAGUUUGUCUAGGGAAAUGUUACUGUUGUUCAGUUAAUCUUCUAGUGAAGUAUCCGCUAACCAAGUAUGAUACAGCAAUCUGUCAGUCAAUGACAUGCAUUAAUUAGUUGAUGCAACACUACCUUUGACUCAGCCUGGCUGUGACUGAGAUCCCACUCCCCCUCUCUCUCCCACUUCCUCUCCAAAGAUCUGACUCCCUCUCACUUCCUGAAUUCAUCCUUCUGUUUUUUUAAUUUACUGUUUCGUUAUUUAGCCUUUUUAAGCGCUUUGAGGUUUCUUCUCUAUCAGUAAUGGUCUUCCUGUCUGUGAAGUGUGCUUCUCCAUUCUAGUGUAAUUAUAUGUAAUGUAAGUUGAGUAAUUGCUGCUGUGUUUAAUACCAUGGUCAUGUUUUACAGCCUCUCUCAUGUAUUAAGUCAGUUUUCAUUUUAUACAUCAAAUUACAUUUAAAUCUGUGUGUCUGACAUUACAUUUCAGUCAUCCUCAUCCAGAGAAACUUACAGUAGUGAAUUAAUCAUUAUUCAAACUUUUUUUUUUGUGCUGGUCCUCUGGGAAUCGAAACCCCCCAACCCUGGCGUGACAAGUGCCCUGCUUUACCAACGGAGCCAAAUGGGACUUCCAGAUUUAAAUCUAACGGUUUGUUGUGCUCAAUGGGUCGGUGUCCCGGGCACAGAUUAACCCUAGUCCUGGACUAAAACGCUCUUUCAGUGAAGAAUCUCCAUGGAGAAUGACUUUUAGUCCUGGUCUAGGUUUAACCUGUGUCUGGGAAACCAGCCCUUUAGAACGGUAUAACGGCAGCAGUAGUGGAGGACUGAGAUCAGUUCACACAGACAGGCAGCAAUAGUAGAGGACUGAGUUCAGUUCACACAGACAGGCAGCAAUAGUAGAGGACUGAGUUCAGUUCAUACAGACAUGCAGCAAUGGUAGAGGACUGAGUUCAGUUCACACACAGGCAGCAGUAGUAGAGGACUGAGUUCAGUUCACACAGACAGGCAGCAGUAGUGGAGGACUGAGUUCAGUUCACACAGACAGGCAGCAAUAGUAGAGGACUGAGUUCAGUUCACACAGACAGGCAGCAGUAGUAGAGGACUGAGUUCAGUUCAUACAGACAUGCAGCAAUGGUAGAGGACUGAGUUCAGUUCACACACAGGCAGCAGUAGUAGAGGACUGAGUUCAGUUCACACAGACAGGCAGCAGGGGGAGUCAUUGUCUGUUCUGUGUUACAGAUCUAGGAUUCUGCUUGGAUGUCGUCUGUCAUAGCCAGACCCUGGGCAAAUAUAAUAAACAUAUAGUUCUGAUGUUACCCCAUGGUUUAUGAU